AUGGAAAAUUCUAAAGAAGAAAUCUUUAAUAUGUUGUUUGAGCAUCUUGUACUCCCACCCAAGUUACCAGGAGAACUAUCUGAUGUCGCCGACCUUAACAAGCAGCUGACAACGCGCUUGCAGGGUGCUUGCAAAACUGUCUUUGAUGCUGAAGUUGGCACUACCUUUGAUGCGAUUAGCAAAUCUUUAGACCUUGCUAACAAGAUGAACGGGAGUCUUCUCAAGAAAGAGCACUUACUUGAGGGGCUCCGUCUGCUGGGUUCAGAGAGUGCUGCUGAAUGGCUCAUUUUUCACAUCAGCGAACAAAAUUGCGGCCUUCUUAUACACCGGAAUCAAAUUAUGGAUGAAGUCAUUUUUGAAUCAUUUGAAGCUUCAGCAUCGGCUGGUUCUGUACUCGGGACGAAGCAGGCUCUGUGCUGGAACUUUCCUGGGCGAACUGUUGCUGUUCCUCUCAACGAGCUUAAAGCUGAAUCUUUUAAUGACACCCUUGCCAGUUUUCUGGAACAAGCCAAUGAAUUCAGUUUUGAUCAAUUUGCAGCUCGCGCAUUAAAGAAAGGCAAAAGGGUGGUGGAGACUCGCGACACUCCUAAUCCCGCCCUGAUCAGCGAAAUGCUAAUGUCUUUGCUUGAGGCGGUUGGGAGACCAGUCCAAGUCCCCAGCGUUCAGAAACGUAUCAGGGAUGAUGUCGUUCUCUCGGCCUUGCAUCCUUGGAGACGAUCUCCUUUCUGGCUCAUUCUCCGAGUAGCCGUGCAACGCAUGCUUUCAAACAUAUGCGAAGAUGGCAACGAUUCUGCACGAAUCCACUUCAAAGUUAUUAUGUGCGUGGUUUUUGCACAGUUUCUUAAGGAGUCAAGUGACGUGUUGCAUCCUGAAAAAGUCUUAAUGGUGCGAUCCAAACUUUGCCGCCGGCUUGCAAAACUUGAGACCGAACGAUCCAUCGCAUCAGCAGGUCUUCGUCCCAUCUAUGAUAGAUACAUAACCAAACUUGGCGAUUAUUUCGAAUCAACUGUCGAAAUAGUGAGUAAGAAUAUUGAAGUCAAAUGGGAGGAUCACAGAAGGAAGACCAAGCGAUUCAUACCACGACUGGCGAAGCGUGUACCAGUCCGAGACUUAGUCUUGACCUUGCCGAACAGUCUAGAAGAACUUCAGAAGCUUCUGCACACAAAAAUAGACGUGUCUGAUAGUUUUUCACCUGGUACACAGAUCUCGAAAGAGGGAGCGGUCUCCAAAAUUGAUAGCCUCGCAAGCCACUGCUUAACUCUGCUAGAUAAUGCUGCUCUCGCUAUGUCGACCAUCAAGCCUUCCUCACCCUCCAACAAGGGUCAGAAAAUCUCAGAAGCUAUUGCAAACUAUAUUGCAGCUGUGGGGAACACGUACCAUCAUGAACCACAACUCAUGAGUCAGUUCCUACUUAACUUGUUCGAGCUCUGGGUUGCGUUGGACGUUGCAGCCACGAAAAGUUGUCCUCUUCUGCGCACAUACCAUCCAGUGUUUGUUCCGGAGGCAUUGGAUAUGCUUUGCCUGCCUACCAAAAGCCAGAUGGAGCGCCUCACCACCGUUCAGCAGUACUUGGUCAACCGAAUCAAGGCUUGUAAGCCAAAUCGAGGGUCUAUUUUUAGCGAUCCCCAUGAAUCUACGUCUUUUGCCACAUUAUAUGUUCAGCAAGAUCCUGAUUUGACUGCUCUUUGCUCGAAAAUUGAUAUUGCUUCCGAAAAGAGUCGGGCUGAAAAAAAAUCUGAACUGGAAAGUCUUAUGAAUCAGUACGAGAAUUUGACCAGAGAGAUUGAUCAUAUGACUUGUCUUUGCAGUUUCAACAAAGAUGGAAGCCGCAACGUUCGCGGUUGCACCAGGUGCUGGAAAUGGCGUAGUAGAAAAAAUCUCACGAUCGGACUUCACGAGGACUUCCUUCCAGAUAUUAAGCACAACUCACAUCGGGCUGCUAUCAUCUUUGAGCUAGGAGGCCCGGAGUAUCUGAUGAAUUAUCGAGAAGCGACUUGGAGCCUUAUCAUGAUGGGCAGAAAGGAUUUAGAAGGCAGCAAGCCUGAGCUUCUACUCUCGGAAUAUCCUCCUCUAAGAAGGUUUUGGAAAAGAAGUACAACAGACAGCUCGUUGACUUUGGCAUCGAAAAUAAAGUCAUUUUGCCGAACGCAUUACAAAUCAGUGCGCCUUCCCAAAGACCUCAAUGAAGUCAUUGUAUCAUUUGGGCCUCAAUUCCGCCUCUACGAUGCAAAAGCUGCUGCCUGGGUUGAGGAUCCUAGCAGCCCCCCAUGGUACCAUCGUUUGCUAGGGACUUGGCUGCCUGAAAAGAUAUCAGAUCCAUUUUGCCAUUAUUCCUCGUACAUGAAGGCGAGGGAAAACCCGAGCUCGUAUCAGAUUGCAGCAAACCAGACAAAUUACCCUGCGACUAUGUCUGUUCAUGAAUUUACGGCUCAUCAGCGCGCCAUCAGCGGUAUCAGUAGGCGUUGGCUGGUUCUUGUGACGGAAUUGGCAUCUACAAAUCUGAACUUUAGUAGUCAGGACACUGUCAGCCUUUUUGACCGCUUGGCCCUGCAGGCUGGACCGCCUUGCCGGAAUAGAACUGGAAACAUCCUACGCGAGGUUCAUCUAGUGUUCCAAGACGUUGACUUUUGCGAAAAGUUGCACGAGCAAUUACAUCUACGACAGAGCGCUUUGGCCUCAGGCUGUCGCGAGAUAAAUUGCAUGAGCAUUCUCGUGACCCUUUGUUUGCGUCUAUUCUACCUCUGUCCAGGAGAAUUCCGGGAACGCGCAGUAGCGCUGCUUCGCAAAUCAAGACGAAUGAUUUCGGAUUGGAUCAUUCAGCUUCGCGAUGAGAGAAUGUCUACUGACGACAGCAAUCUAGUAGGCAGAUUGACAAGCCUUGGCCUUCAAGCUUCGCUGUUAUGCCGUCAGACAUUCGAGAUCUACUCGGAGGAAGUCGACGUUGUUUUCGGAGACGAAGAGGCUUCCAUUUUCUUUCGUGCUUCUAUUGCGCUCUCUGAAAAUUUAGUCGAUGACCUAGAUAAGCUGAGUCCCGGACUCCAGCGUCUUAUGGUCCGAGACCUGUCCACAGUAGGCUCGAUGCGUGAAACUAUCAAGAAUUGGACCAGAGAACAUUGUUCUGCCUUUGAAGGCGUCAUUAACGAAGCAUGGAAUAAUACAGGAGGACCUCUGGGUUCCCGGUGUUUCUCAGAAUGGCAGCUACUCCCAGAUACUUUCUGGUUCAUGGCAAGAACAACCGCGACAAAGCUAGCGGCGUCUCAGACAGUCCAUUACCACGCCAUACAAGGACAUUUGUUGAUCGAAGGAAAACCUCUCGGAAGGUUGCCUUUGCAAAUGAGAGAAGAUGCAAGUAUUCGCGAGCUUUUCCCAGGACAAUACCUGUUCACGCGGUCGUCGAGUCUCCGCGGCAUGGAAUAUCAACUUGCUACACAAUUCGAGCAUCAUGACAUACAUUUUGGACAUCGAGAAGGAAAGGUUAUUAUUCGAGCUGAGUCUGGUGGUUGCCUCUUUGAGCAUGUGCCUCGCACGAUCUUUGGCCAGGGCUCGAGUUUGGAUUUGCCGUCUGGAUUGAUUGACGACUGUGUGCAUUGGCUGAACCUGAAUACCGGUACUGUCGAAAUAUGUCGAAAGCCGGAUAUCUGGAAAAGUAAGAGGGGAAAUUGGAUCCUUGAUAUUCAAACUCGAAGGGCCACUCGUAAUCAAGGUAAAGGUAACAAGAACGGCGCAAAUGGGAGGGUCAAACAUGGAACCUGCUUAGUUGAUCCCAACUCGUCCGCUGCAAAGAAUAUCAUCGAAAUUUUCCGGAACUUCGAAACUCCGGGUAACUUGACAAUUUAUCAGUCGCUGGCUCCUAAUGGCGUACUUUAUGUGGAAAUAAAGCGACUGGAACUGAGAUUUGAGGUCAACAAUAACGGAAGACUUCAUUCUCGCCAGUUGCUAUCAGAAAUUGAUCCUGUGCAGGACGUUGGUGCGCUUUAUGGUCUGGAAAGCAUGCUUGUGCUUCGAAAAACCUCAAACCGCAGAAGCAGAAGCAUUAUCAUUCCUACCGGAGCCUUUUCUUGGAUGAAGAAAGGAAUGCAUGUCUCUGUGAGGAUUAAGAACGAGGGAGCGUAUGUCCGUUUCUUUGUUGACGAUGUCCUUGGCAGGCUUGUUUGCGCACCAGAGCCGUGGCUCCUUUACUUAAAAGCCCUGAUUCACGCAUCGACGUCAUUUCCCCUUCCCGAUCGUCUCACUGGUCGUAAUGGGACUGAAGAAGCCCAUCACUGCCUGGUGUCGGCGAAUUGUCAACCAUGGACCGUGUUGAAUGACGCUGCAAAAGGAUUAUUGUCUCGCAUAGCUAGUCUCAGCCCAGAACGAAGCUUUUAUCCUUCCGAUAAGAGGGUUUGCCAGAAAGUGAUAUGGGACGACAAUCUAACAGCCACCAUUCAGCACGAACAGCUGGCCAAUCUCGCCAAUAGCAUCCUACAACAAUCGCAUCUGCUAGAGAGCUUUGACACGGCUGGCGAUGCAAAGACAUCCGCAUUCAGUGGCAACAUGGCCGCGGAAAGUCUCACUGUUCCCGGAACCAUCCGCCGGCAAAUAUAUGAACGUGCCAAAUGCCCAUCCGAUGUUGCACUUGUUCGCGACCCAUUAAAUGACACAAUUUACCCAUCUAGAGAUCGCGGAUCGGAAUCUGAAGGCAGUUGUCGAGUGUAUAAAGUAGUGCGGAACCUACUCAAAAAGGUCGAUAAACCGCCCAAACUUGCUGAUUUGGGCCCUAUUAUGGAAGCCUGGCAGAACAUUGCAGGGUUUGACAACUUGUCGAUGGCGCUAGAUAUCCAUAAGCUGUUGACGGCCGAGUUACCAACCAUUUGGGGGCCUUUCGUUGGGUUACUUAGAUUGUCUGAUGCUCCCAAUGACGAUUACAAUAUACGGUUCAGGCUUGCGCUGCUCGCUUUUGGUAAGAAUUGCAAGGCGGACAUUAUUGAUUGGCUUGUUGCUAUGGCUCAAUACAAAGCGGUUCGAGAUGUUGAGCCUCCACAACACGACACAUUCACCGGCUUUCGACAUUUCCAAAAGCCCGAAAAAUUACGGCUGAGAGAAAUGAUCAAGGAGAAUCAGAAGCGCGACAUUUCCCUUCUAGCUGGUACUCGAAAUAAUAAGAAAUCUGGUAGCACUCGCUCAUUGGAUCGAGAUCGCUACGAAACUCUGCUUUCGAGGGAUGCUGAUUGCCUUGCGGAUGCGCUCAUAGCCCAAUGGCCGAACCUGCUGGAAUCAAGCAGCGACCUCGAAGAGUUAUGUAAGGACUUGGUUCUCGUGUACAUUGAUGCCGAUACUUCCUGGACCCGUCUCGGCCCAGAGUUGGAAAGAUUGGCAUGCAAUCUCAGUCUCUCCAAUUACCUUUCCAGCCUCGAACAAGCAGUGGACUGUUUGCAGAAAGGGUUUGGUAAAGAACAAGCUUCACUUCGCGAACCAAAAUGUCAUACAAAUUCUGAUAACCCAAUGCCAUGCUUGGCUCCUGAAACUUUUAGCACCACCCGGAGCUCGUAUCAAGCCAAAAGUCUUUCAGGAGACCUGAUCUCGACUAAUCUUGACAUGGGUAAAUACAUGACACCAGGUCAAGAGACAGGGACAGCUCGGCUGACGAAGCCAGCAAGGGUUGCACGACGUGACAGUUUGGAAUGUUUGGAAAAGUCUGAUGCACUUUCAAGACUCCCAGAACAGUUUUCAAUCCUUUAUUCAAUCAUCAAGCCACUCCUAUCUCACGAAGACAUAUCUCGGCGACAGUACGGCGAAGAUCUCGAAAGUUCUCUCAAAGCACUGAUUGGAUGCCGCACAAGCCCGGAGUUGAAUGUGGCACCUUCAGUUACUGGAGAUGGUGGGCAUGAAAUAGCUGCAGCUAAGCAAGCUUUGGACGAGUGCUUGGAUCUUAUCCGUACCUCCUGUCAUUCGAGGGACAUCACCUACAGAUGGCUCAGCCUAGCGGGAAUGUGGCCAUGUGUUGGACUUGUCGAUAUGCUGGAGCAACUCCGAAAAGACCAAGAAACGCAUCUCGGCAGUGGAAUGAAAGAAGCCCUUGUCCAAUGCGGUGUUCUUGUUACAAGAUUACAGCGCCUCAUUCGCCUCGAAGAUGCGACGUUGCGCCGUGAUGGAAACCGGAUAGCGGAGGAGAAGAGCAAUGAGGGACACACGAAUUGGAGUCCUCUGCAGUAUCCAGAAUGGCUUCUUUUCGAAAUCGAUAGCGGUAUCCUCAUUCGUCCGGUUCAAGUAGAUGUAGCAAAGGCCAUCAUCGCACCGACAUCGAAGAAAAACAGUGUCCUGCAAAUGAACAUGGGGCAAGGCAAAACAUCCUGCGUCACGCCUAUGGCAGCGAUCCUUCUUGCCGAUAAGAACAAGCUCUGCAGGCUUAUGGUGCCUAAGCCGCUACUACUUCAGACGGCUCAGGUCAUGCAGGCUCGCAUUGGUGGACUUGUCGGGCGCAAGGUUUGCCAUAUUCCCUUCGCCAGGCGAUCACCUUGCUCUGCCGAGGUGCUGGACCAGUUUUGGAGUCUGCACAAAACCGCCCAAGGCAAUGGUGACAUCAUGCUUUGUGUGCCGACCCAUAUCCUCUCGUUCAAACUAAGCGGGCUGCAGCGGCUGGCAGAUGAGAAAAUGCCAACAGGCAAGCUUAUGGUGGAAAUUCAGAAAUGGCUGGAUCGCUCGUGCCGCGACAUAUUGGACGAGUCUGACCUGACCCUCUCGGUCCAGACACAGCUCAUCUAUCCCAGUGGACCUAUGAACCUGGUGGACGGCCAUCCAUAUCGAUGGUACGUAGUGGAAGAGGUUUUGUCAUUGGUCGAGAAACACAUCGCGGGUUUGCAAGAUUCCUUCCAGGGCAAGGUGGAAGUAGAUCGCAGGCAUGAAGGAUUUCCCACGAUUUAUUUCUUAGAUGCCGAGUCUGAAAAUGCACUUAACGACCUGCUGCUCUCCGAGAUCUGUCGUGGUGCUCUCCCACAGUUACAGUUUACAGAGCCGAGCUCUUCGGCCGCUCGCGAAGACGUCAGAGACAUCAUCGCCGGCUGUCAGGUGUCGGUGGACGUUUGGGAGAGGGCCACCAAGUCUCUUGUAGAUGAUAACUUAGGGCCGGGGAUUCUAUAUCUCCUUCGUGGUCUGAUAUCGGAACGAAUCGUACUUCUCUGCUUGAAGAAGCGAUGGAAUGUUCAAUACGGCCUUCAUCCAGAGCGACCACCAAUUGCCGUGCCGUACGAGGCAAAAGGCGUCCCUUCAGAGACAGCUGAAUACGGCCACCCAGAAACGGCUCUGCUUCUCACCUGCCUGGCUUUCUACCAAACUGGGUUAUCAAGGACGCAAAUCAAGCAGAGCCUGGAAUCUGUUAUUCAAUCUGAUGACCCAGCCGCCCAGUACGACCGGUGGGUCUGUGGAUGUGACCAGCUGCCGCCGUCGCUUCAGUACUGGAAUCUGAUCGAUCCGGACAAUGAGACGCAAGUCAAAGAGCUGUGGGGACUUCUCAGAUAUGACAGGACUGCUGUAAACCACUAUAUGAACACAUUUGUUUUUCCUGUGCAUGCGAAGCAAUUCAGCGUCAAGCUGCAGGCCUCGGGCUGGGACAUUCCGUUGGUCGCCGUUGACGGCUCAAUUAGCGAUGGAAGCUUAACAACAGGGUUCAGUGGCACCAAUGACAACAAAAGAAUGCUUCCCAAGACGAUCGAGCAGGAUGAUCUCCCUGAGCUGAUUGGCACCAAUGCCGAGGUGCUCUGCCAUCUGCUGGAAGCGCGCAACCGAAACUGCCACCAUGCUGUGAAUGAGAAAUCCUCACGGUUAACGGAAAUUGAAACUCUGGAACUACUUCAAAAAAAAGAAAUCCGUAUUCUCAUCGAUGCUGGUGCUCAUAUCCUGGAAAUGGAGAACUCGGACGUUGCGGAGGCUUGGCUGAAGAUUGAGCAUGCCGCUGAAGGCGCGGUGUAUUUUGGUUCUGACAACCAGGUUAUGGUCCGUUCUCGGUUUAAAAAAGGGGCCAUACCACUGGUUGCGAGCUCCUUUGUAGGUAAUCUCGAAAAGUGUGUCGUGUACUUUGACGAAGGUCACACUCGGGGCACAGAUCUACAACUUCCGACCAACGCGAGAGGCGCUGUCACUCUGGGGCUGGGCCAAACCAAAGAUCAUACAGUUCAAGCGGCCAUGAGACUGCGAAAACUAGGAUCGACCCAAUCGGUGGCGUUCAUAGCGACACCAGAAGUUCACCAGAGCAUCCUGGACGUGCGGAAAUCCCAGACGGGGACUUUGCCGGAGUCCGCGACGGCCGGAAAGCCCCCGACAGUGACAUCCAUCGACGUUGUCCGUUGGCUGCUGGACCAAAGCUGCAAAGCCAAUGAGCAAAUGAUGUCCCUAUACCGAUCACAAUGUCAAGACUUUUGCCGUCGCACCAACAGUUGGUGGAAACACCCGAAAUACCACGUUGACAGACGUGAUUUGAAAAACGUGCUCCAGGUGAUAAUGCAGAAAGAAAGCCAGACCCUGGAGCAGCUUUACGGGCCAAGGGGAACGGACUCGCAGCUUUCCGCAGCGCAGCUGGAUUAUCCCCAGCUCCAAGCCUACGUUUCCGACUUGCCCGAGGUCACACGUGCCAAGACGUUCUCGGCAUCUGCGCUGAUGGAGGUCGAGCAGGAAAGAGAGGUGGUCUUUGAGGUGGAGCAGGUUCGAGAGCAGCAGCCGCGCCAACAGUACGAGCCCCUCUUGUUCCCCCGGCUUCACCCAGCAAUCUCGGAGUUUGCCAAGUCGGGAAGUCUAGACGCUGCAAAGGUGAGCACGAUUGGGCCCCUGAUACAAGCGUUCGACUACGUGGGCAAGACGAAGCUGGGGCGCAAGUACCGGGUGCGUGCGACAGCCUCGAGCCUCUUUGUGUCUGAGGAGUUUUCCAGGACAGUAGUGCCGGAUCGGUCGCGAGUCGAGCGAGACAUUUUGCGGCCGGUCGAGUGGGUGCUAUGGAGCCCGUCUGCGGGGGCCGCUCUGGUCAUCAUCCCGGAAGAGGCCGACCUCCUGAUACCCCUGCUGCGGGAAGUUGAACGGCCCAAGACGUGGCUCCUCAGCUAUGCGGCGCCCGUGACAAAGGCGAUGCUGGCCCUCAACAAGCUCACGUACCUGACGGUGCCGGGCUGGCCCCGAGACGGCAAACUGCCCGGCUGGCUGGCCAUCGAGCUGGGCGUGCUGAGCGGACGGCUGUACUUUGAGUACGCCGAGUACAAGAACAUUCUCGCCUGGUUGGGACUCUCGGACGAAGCGGAAGCGGAAGCGGAAGUGGAAGCGGAAGCAGGAUCGGAAGCGGGACCGGGGCCGUGGUCUAGGCCAUCCGCCGGAUUGCCAAUCAAGAAGCCUCUCAAGUUUCUGCAAGAGUGGGUUUCUCUGAAGCGCCAGACGCAGGAUAUAUCCUACACGCCUGUCGGCUUCCUCUGCCAGCGCAAGGAGCUGCACGCGGACCACUUUUUCUUCACGUCUGCCGAGCGGCACGAGCACGACGCAUCCGCGGCGAGACGGGCGGGGGGCGGAAUUCAGCGCGGCCGGGAUGCGGAGAGCGAGGAUGAUGAGGAUGAGGACGAGGACGAGGACGAGGAUGGGGAUGAAGUUGAGGACGAGGACGGGGAUGGGGAUGAAGUUGAGGAUGAGGACGGGGAUGGGGAUGAAGUUGAGGACGAGGACGAGAAUGGGAAUGGGAAUGAAAUCGAGAGUGAGGAUGAUUUGUACGACAGGUAG